CACUAUGGAUCCACUAUUAAUCGCAUCCACCGCCGCCUCUCUAAAAACAUCCUGCCACGAGAUAACAUCCUGGACAAGAGCCAUCCUCAAUGACAAAACCCCCGAUACAGACCAAGCGCUGUCCAGCGUAUCCACCACCCUAACCCAGACAUCCCAACUCCUGGACGAGAUAAGCCUAACAUGGCGCACGCACUCAGCUGCGUUUAUGGGGCAUCAAUCAGCGAGUUUUGGGAUGUGGCCUAGUCUGAAGAAGACUCUUGAUUGCACCGGGACGACGAUUCAGGGACUGAGAAGAGAGAUUGAACCGGUGCUGAAUAGUGGGAAGAAGAAGAGGUUUUUCAAAGUUCAUUCGAAGGCGUGGGCGUUGGGCAUGCGUGUUAGGGCGAUCCUGAGCUAUAAGGGGCGAUUGGAGGGAAAUUGUAGUGUGUUGAGGGUUGGGAGGACGAUGUGAGUUUCUUUCGUCGGUAUAGGAGAGUGUGCUGAUGAGUUAGGUUUGAUAUUCUGCAAAAGAAUGGACAGGAUAAGUCGGCGUUUGCUGUUCUGGAUGUUGAAAUUAGAAAUGUCGAG